UUCACACGGUCAGUCACACCGCAUUAAAUUUCUUUUAAUUUUUCUUAGCAAUGAAGAAUGAAGAAGUAACGAAGAAAAUCAGAGAAAUUUCAAUUACAAAAAGAGAGAGAAAUUUCAAUUAAUUCCAACAACAACAUAAAAAUGGAGGGAGAUGGACCACCCAUCAAUGAUUGCUGCUCGAUUUGCCAUGGAAACUUCAACAUUCCAUGCCAGGCUAAUUGUUCUCACUGGUUUUGCGGGCACUGUAUUUUGCAACUUUGGGAUCACGGAUCAACACUACUACCAUGCAGAUGUCCUUUGUGUCGCCGCCCUAUUAAUUUGUUAAUACCUACAGAGGCUUCCAUGCAGCAACGAGUUAAUCCAGAAGUUGCUAAUAUCAUAGGGAGGUUGGAAUUGUAUAACCGUCGCUAUGGUGAACGUUCCAAUAACCUCAACCAGAGACUGCGAGACCUUCCCUUUCUUCUACGGAGGUUACUUCGGGAUUUGUUAGAUCCGCAGAGAUCUCUUCCUUUUGUCAUUAAGGCCCGUGUUUAUCUGGCAAUGUUUCUAAGUUUCCUAUACCUAUUGAGCCCUGUAGACAUUAUUCCUGAAGGAAUUGUAGGAGUAAUCGGACUUCUGGAUGAUAUGAUUAUAGUACUAAUCUGCAUGUUACACGUGGCUGCGAUUUAUCGUUCUACUCUUGUUAAUCGUCAUGGAGGCUAGCGAGGUUUUUCAGAAGGACUCAUGAUAAUAGUGCUAAUCUGCAUGUUAAACGUGGCUGCAAUUUAUCGGUCUAUUCUUGUUAAUCGUCGUAUAGGCUAGCGAGGUUUUUGAUAAGGAUUCAGAGGAUGACAUGUUAUUGACAUUGUGCAUUUGUUGUUUCAUUUCGAGUGUCCCUUUGUAGCUAAUAGGAGUGCUUUUGUGUGAUCUUGUAUUACUUGAACCAGAAUUGUGAUUAGUCCGAUUUUGAGAUUCUUUUGUUAAUAGUAAAACAAAUAACGGGUUACUUGGUAA